AUGAACGAACCGGAUAUCAGCAAUCCGAAAAUGGCAUGUUGCAAAGCGGAAUAUGAUACUUCAGGUCAAAAAAGUCGUCACGCUGAAUUACAUAGCAAAGAUCAGAUAACCAAAGUUUCUCAAGUCGAAAAACUAAACGACAAAACAUCUAAGACCAAGGGAUCAACCGUAAAGGCUGAUUCUCCCAACGAAAAGCUUACCCUCCUAUGGAUCUGUUGCCAAAACUGUUAUUUACCAGGCCCUUAUUCUUCUCUCUAUCCACAGUGCCUGGGCUGUAAUACGUCGAGGUGUUCAAGGUGCAUUGAAAUGCUAGCUCAAGAGUCACCGAUCCUCGAGUAG